CGCUUUCUGAGAAAAUUCCUUGAUAACAAUUUUGUUGAAUACGAAUCGUAGUUUGCCUGAAACAGCACGCUGCUUCUAAUUUCUGGCCUCAAAGUUUGGUAAACUAAAAUGAGGGUUUGAGGCUGCAUCUCGACGUAGUGUAGUAUUUUAUUUUGCUUGAAGCGGUAAAGGAGUAUGGAGAACCCUCCGAAUCAGAGUUUGUACGUUCGAAAUCUGAACGAGAAAAUCAAGAAAGAUGAGCUCCGCCGCUCUCUCUACUACCUCUUCUCUCAGUUUGGUCCCAUUCUUGACGUCGUGGCACUGAAGACGCAGAAGAUGCGCGGCCAGGCGUUUGUUGUGUACCGCGACAUUUCCAGCGCCACCAACGCUCUCCGCUCGUUGGAAAACUUCAACUUCUACGACCAACCCAUGAGACUGGCGUACGCUCGUACGCGCUCAAAGGCGCACUACCGCUUUCACAACGAGACGCCCGGUAUGACAACAGAGGAGAAGAAGAGAGUUGCGAGAGAGAAGAGAAAAGCAGCAGCGGGUGAUGAUGCAGGUAAACCAGCGAAGAAGGCCAAGACAAGUACGGCAGCAGCUGCAACACCAGCACCACCUGCAGCAGCAGCAGCAGGAGCAUCAUCAGCACCGUCUGAGAAAGGCAAACCGAAUAAGGUCUUGUUCUGCAGCAACCUGCCCCAUGAGACCAAUGCGGACAUGCUUAGACUUCUCUUUCAGCAGUUUCCCGGCUACGAAAACGUCCGCCUCAUCGAAGGUCGUAAUGACAUUGCGUUUGUCGACUUCCAGAAUGACGAGGACGCGUCGACGGCACGCGACGCUCUUCAGGGCUUCAAGAUAUCACCAACACACCAGAUGAAGGUUGAGUUUGCCAAGAAGUGAGCAGCAACGUCGUCGCUGGUAAUGACCGCGUCUCGUCCUACUGUAGUUAGUGUGUCUGCUGGCAGGCCGAAGGAGGGAGCAUGAGUUGAAGUAGCAGUAACAAUUGGGUCCGACUGCCUCGCAGCUUUCCAUGCUGAGUCGGUUUAGAGCUACCGGGCAGAAGCAAUGUCGAGCACCGGCUGGGAUCUUACACACUUUUUCGCCACGGCACAGCGGGGAUUGGCCGAGACUGGCAUGUGUCUCCGUUGCCUGGUGUUGUCGGCCUCGUCAGCUGCAUGGCUUUUUCUUCCUGCUGACGCUGUGGCCUGCACCUGGUCGAUGUCAUAAUCACCGAUUGCCCUGCUGUGGGUGCUCAAACCCGGAACCGUGUAUUUAAGUCUUCCUCUUGUGCGUUCUCUGAUCUGAUCCAUUUCUUGAACCCACAACAUCGUGUUCUUCCUCUUGUACAUAGCAUCUUUUGUAUGAUAUGCCCUGUCUUUUUUCUUUCUUUUUUGAAUGCAGUAAUAUUGUCUGUUUGUGGGGUGUGGAAGCGUCUAGUGCCAUGUUGCCGAUGCCUGGGCGCUUCCGUCUACCGUUUGCUUUUCAAUAGUUUUCUUUUCAGCUCCUGUACUUAGUAGGCACUUUUGGGAUGUUUGAUUGUAAUGAUGAUAGCGCCCUCCGCCA